AUGGACACGGUAGAGUCGAAAGAUGACGAUAGCAGUGUGGGCAGCUUGCCUCCGCCUCCCGAUGAUAAUGAUGUCGUUGAAACCGAUGUUCCUGUAGAGCCAGCAGAGAAAGCACAGGAGGAGCUAACUGUAGGUGAGGAAGCACGGCCGGAAGUAGCCAAAGCGGAACCAGCCGAUGGCGAUGAUAAGGGAGACGAGCCAUCAGAAGGACAAUUUGAAGAUGCUCAAGGAGAUGCAGCAGCCUUCGAGUCUCCCUCCAAGACGUUCCUGCAGGGAUCGCCGCUGAAAGACUUUCCGGUAAUGAACUCUCCACCUGGAUAUGCCAUUGGAACAGCAGGAACUCCACCUGCCUACACUGCCCUUCUGGGAGUUUCCAGCCCAUCCCCCUUUGCAUCUGCUCGCAUGGCCUCGCCUCCCGGAUACGCGGCGCCUCCCGGAUACGCGGCGCCUCCUGGCCAUUAUCAUGCGCCUUACCCAAGUCCAAGCGACCAUCGCCGCCGUUAUAGUUAUCCUUACCCACCCACCACUACCAGCGGCACCAUCCGAAAGUCACCUCCUCCCAAGACAGAUGCUAUCGUUCCGGCAACACCCGCUUCCAACCCUGCAGUCAAAAUGCCGGCUGGCAAGAGUUCCGCCAAGAAGGUAUCUCCCAAGGCAGCUGCUACACCCAAUACCGUAAAGAGCUCCAGCACCAGCGGUACUCCCAAUACCACUCCCAGUGGCAAGGCUCAGCGAGGUCUUCGUCACUUUAGUGUCUUGGUGUGCAAGCAUGUGGAGGCACGGGGCACCACGACAUACAAUCAGGUGGCAGAUGAACUCGUCAGCCAAGUCGUGGACGAGCGAACCAAAAAGGGGGAGGGCAACAAGGGGAAAUUCGACGAAAAGAACAUUCGUCGCAGAGUCUACGAUGCGCUCAACGUACUUUUGGCCAUGGGGAUUAUCCACAAGGAAAAGAAAGACAUCAUCUGGAUCGGUCUGCCAAGUUCCUUGGAAGACACCAAAGACUCGGAUGAAGAAGAAGAAGAGGAGGAGGAGGACACCGAAGGAGGAGGUGAAGGUGAAGACAGUGGUGACAAGAAGCCAUCAGCAACGCCGUCUCCGGCAAAGGCAUCCAAGCCCGACAAGGAACCUGAAUGCAACGAAGCUGAUGAAGCGGAGUAUGCAGCCUUGGAACGAGAGCGUGAUUACCUGCAAGCCGAAGUGACACGCAAACAGGAAUCUCUACGGGAAAUCUUGAUCCAGCAAGUAUGCUUUCGGAACCUUGUCGUGCGCAACCAACAACGGGAAUACCCCACUCGGGGAGGAGCUCGUGUGCCCCCACCAGCGGACGAAAAGAUUCCUCUACCCUUUAUCAUUAGUAAUACCAAACCGUCGUCGGUUGUCCAAUGCGAUAUGAAUCGCGACAAGACGGACGUCACAUUCGAAUUCGAUUGCCCCUUUGAAAUCAACGAUGACAAUACCAUUCUCAAGCGCAUGAAAAUGGACAAAGCUUCAGUCCACUCGUUGCAUGACCUGAUCCCAGAGGAUAUGUUUGAAUACUGCCGCAAUACAGGUGUUUUGGAUUCCGUCUUGCUCCCCGGGGAAGACGCUCGAGCCCCUCGUCGGCAUCCCCACCUCCACUACGACCGGGCUUAUCGUUACUAA